AUGUAUGAUUAUCGACGGCUUUCAAGUGGUUCCCUAUACGAAAAUCCCCUGAAUUCUGUAUUUCGGACACCAACAGAAAAAGAAAUUGUGCGGUUGGAGGAUAGUAAUAAACAAUUGAUCGAGAAAUGGAGGCAGUACAAGAACGAACUUGAAGACGAGAUAGUGGAAUUUCGGAACCAUAAAAUAUGCUGGUCAUUUAUUAUGUUCUUCACAUGUUUUAUAGCCGUUGAACAAUGUAUCGGACUGAAUGAAUCGUUCAAAGCAGCUUUUUGCGUUCUCUACUUCAUGUUCCUUUUUCGAAUGUUAUAUUUUGAUUGGCGGCGACUAAAAAUGAAAUUAGAAAUGAAAGCGAGUAAUGAAGAUAUCGAAAAUGGAGAAGAAAUCAAAGAAGUGAUCUUCAAUUUGGAAAAAUCAGGAAAUGAGAAAUAUUUGGUAUUUUAUAAGGAACAAUUGAAGCAAUUCAACGAUGCCAAAUCAAAAGAAGUUUCGAUUUUGAAAGAAGAGAUUAGAAUGAUAGAUAAUCAAAAGUACCUAUGGGAAAGAAAUGCAACGGGAAUAUCCCUUCUAUUUGUGUGGAUCGCUCUCAUCCAUAGCGUGAUAAUAGCCGUCGUUAGAGGGGCAAACGGUAGAGAGGUGGAGCUCAUGAUACCAACUCUCCUCAUUACAUACAUUUCAAUUCUUCGAUGGCCUUCAAAACCCAAAAGUUCACAAACUGGAGAACGUGUAGUUAUUGUUUGUUAA